CAGCCGAAUCUAUAAAAGGAACUAGUCGCCGCAAAACCCCGGUAAUUCAGAGGGAGCGUGAGUGGGGCCGCGAGCGGCCGAGCCGAACCGACGCCUCUGCUCGGGUGCAGGUGGGCAGAACAGGGGGCGCCGCGGGUCCCGCGCUGCCAAAGCCACUUUCUCGGGGUGCAUUGCCCCUUACCCCCCGCCCCCAAACUGUCCCAUCUUUUCUUCCCCCCCACCCCCUUCUCCGGAAGGUUUUUUUUUUUUUUUUUUUUAAGGGUUGUGGGGGGGAGGCAGAAAAAAAAAAGACGCAAAUACAAAAGUGGAAAGCAGUUAAUGACCAGCCACAGCUUCCCUGCUGUGAGUUCCGGCCACUGCUCCCCGGGCUCCCGAGCACGCCAGUUGUCGUGGGUGCCAGCUGAGGCAACAUGGCUUGUUGGCCUCAGCUGAGGUUGCUGCUGUGGAAGAAUCUCACUUUUCGAAGAAGACAGACAUGUCAACUACUGCUGGAAGUGGCCUGGCCUUUGUUUAUCUUCUUCAUCUUGAUCUCUGUCCGCUUGAGCUACCCACCCUAUGAGCAACAUGAAUGCCACUUUCCAAACAAAGCCAUGCCCUCUGCAGGAACGCUGCCUUGGAUUCAGGGGAUUAUCUGUAAUGCCAACAACCCCUGCUUCCGUUACCCAACUCCCGGUGAGGCUCCUGGGGUUGUUGGAAACUUUAACAAAUCCAUUGUGUCCCGCCUCUUCUCCGAUGCUCAGCGGCUUCUUCUGUAUAGCCAGAGAGACACCAGCAUGAAGGACAUCCAUAAAGUUCUGCGAACACUACAGCGGAUUGAGAAUUCCAGCUCAAACCUGAAGCUUCAGGAUUUCCUUCGGGACAAUGAAACCUUCUCGGUGUUCCUGAGUCACAACCUGUCUCUGCCAAGGCCUACGGUAGACAGACUGCUGGGCGCUGAUGUUCGGCUCCGGAAGGUGUUUUUGCAUGGCUACCAGUUACAUUUGACCAACCUUUGCAAUGGAUCCAAAUUAGAAGAGGUGAUUAAGCUUGGCGAACAGGAGAUUUCCAGACUUUGUGCCCUGCCUCAGGAGAAACUGGAUGCAACAGAGCGGGUCCUUCGUGCCAACAUGGACAUCCUGAAGCCAGUUGUGGUAAAACUAAACUCCACGUCUUUCUUCCCCACCGACGAGCUGGCUGAAGCCACCAAAACUUUGCUGGAUAGUCUUGGAACUCUCGCCCAAGAGCUGUUCAGCAUGAGGAGCUGGAGUGACAUGCGCCAAGAAGUGCUGUUCCUGACCAACGUGAACAGCUCCAGGACCUCCACGCAGAUAUACCAGGCCGUGUCGCGCAUCGUCUGCGGCCACCCCGAGGGCGGAGGCCUGAAGAUCAAGUCGCUCAAUUGGUAUGAGGACAACAAUUACAAGGCCCUGUUCGGAGGCAACAGCACCGAGGAAGAGGCCGGCGCCUUCUAUGACAACUCCACCACUCCUCACUGCAAUGAUCUGAUGAAAAAUCUGGAGUCCAGUCCUCUCUCUCGGAUCAUCUGGAAAGCUCUCAAGCCCCUGCUGGUCGGGAAGAUCCUGUAUACACCUGACACUCCAGCCACAAGGCAGGUGAUGGCUGAGGUGAAUAAGACUUUCCAGGAAUUGGCCGUGUUUCAUGAUCUGGAAGGCAUGUGGGAAGAGCUUAGCCCCAAGAUUUGGACCUUCAUGGAAAGCAGCUCCGAAAUGGACCUUGUUCGGACUCUCUUGGACAGCAGAGGCAACGAACACUUCUGGGAACAGCGUUUGGAUGGCUUAGGCUGGACAGCCAAAGACAUUGUGACAUUUCUGGCCAAGCACCCGGAAGAUGUCCAGUCCACUAAUGGCUCUGUGUAUACCUGGAGAGAAGCCUUCAAUGAGACCAACCGGGCAGUCCAGACCAUAUCCCGAUUCAUGGAGUGUGUCAACUUGAACAAGCUUGAAGCAACAGCAACGGAGGUUCGACUCAUCAAUAAGUCCAUGGAGCUGCUGGAUGAGAGGAAGUUCUGGGCUGGUAUUGUGUUUACGGGAAUUGCUCCCGGCAGUGCGGAGCUGCCUCAUCAUGUCAAAUACAAGAUCCGAAUGGACAUUGACAAUGUGGAGAGGACAAAUAAGAUCAAAGAUGCGUACUGGGACCCUGGUCCUCGAGCUGACCCCUUUGAAGAUAUGCGGUACGUCUGGGGUGGCUUUGCCUACUUGCAGGACAUAGUGGAACAGGCGAUCAUCAGGGUGCUCACUGGCACUGAGAAGAAAACUGGGGUCUAUGUUCAGCAGAUGCCGUACCCUUGCUACGUUGAUGACAUCUUCCUGAGGGUGGUGAGCCGCUCAAUGCCCCUCUUCAUGACCCUGGCCUGGAUCUACUCCGUGGCUGUGAUCAUCAAGGGCAUCGUGUACGAGAAGGAGGCGCGGCUGAAGGAGACCAUGCGCAUCAUGGGCCUGGACAACGGCAUCCUGUGGUUUAGCUGGUUCAUCAGCAGCCUCAUCCCCCUGCUCGUGAGCGCCGGCCUGCUGGUGGUCAUCCUGAAGUUGGGGAACCUGCUGCCGUACAGCGACCCCAGCGUGGUGUUCAUCUUCCUGUCCAUGUUUGCUGUGGUGACCAUCCUGCAGUGCUUCUUCAUCAGCACCUUCUUCUCCAGAGCCAACCUGGCGGCUGCCUGCGGGGGCAUCAUCUACUUCACACUGUACCUGCCCUACGUCCUGUGCUCGGCCUGGCAGGACCACGUGGGCUUCAUGCUCAAGAUCUUUGUGAGCCUGCUGUCUCCUGUGGCUUUCGGGUUUGGCUGCGAGUACUUUGCCCUCUUUGAGGAGCAGGGCAUCGGGGUCCAGUGGGACAACCUCUUUGAGAGCCCCGUGGAGGGAGAUGGCUUCAACCUCACCACCUCAGUCACCAUGAUGCUGUUCGACACCUUCCUGUAUGGGGUGAUGACUUGGUACAUCGAGGCCGUCUUUCCAGGCCAGUAUGGGAUUCCCAGGCCCUGGUAUUUUCCCUGCACCAAGUCCUACUGGUUUGGGGAGGAAUGUGCUGAGAAGAGCCCCCCUGAUUCCAGCCAGAAGGGAGCAACGGAGAUCUGCAUGGAGGAGGAACCCACACACCUCAAGCUGGGUGUGUCCAUUCAGAAUCUGAUGAAGGUUUACCGAGACGGCAUGAAGGUGGCUGUGGAUGGCCUGGCCUUGAACUUUUAUGAGGGACAGAUCACCUCCUUCCUGGGCCACAAUGGAGCCGGGAAGACCACUACCAUGUCAAUCCUGACUGGGUUAUUCCCGCCCACCUCAGGCACCGCCUACAUCCUGGGGAAGGACAUUCGUUCAGAGAUGAGCACCAUCCGGCAGAACCUGGGUGUCUGUCCCCAGCACAACGUGCUGUUUGACAUGCUGACUGUCGAGGAACACAUCUGGUUCUAUGCCCGCCUGAAAGGGCUCUCCGAGAAGCACGUGAAAGCAGAGAUGGAGCAGAUGGCCCUGGAUGUGGGUUUGCCCCCCAGCAAACUGAAAAGCAAGACAAGCCAAUUGUCAGGUGGGAUGCAGAGGAAGCUGUCUGUCGCUUUGGCCUUUGUGGGGGGAUCCAAAGUUGUCAUUCUGGAUGAGCCCACAGCCGGCGUGGACCCCUACUCCCGUAGGGGAAUAUGGGAGCUGCUGCUCAAGUAUCGGCAAGGUCGCACCAUCAUUCUCUCCACCCACCACAUGGACGAAGCGGACAUCCUGGGGGACCGGAUCGCCAUCAUCUCCCACGGGAAGCUGUGCUGUGUGGGCUCCUCCCUGUUUCUAAAGAACCAGCUGGGAACAGGCUACUACCUGACCUUGGUCAAGAAGGACGUGGACUCCUCGCUCAGCUCCUGCAGAAAUAGCAGCAGUACUGUGUCGUACCUGAAAAAGGUGGUGCCUGAGCUUCUCCCAGCUGGGCAGAGUGGAGGCAGAGGAGGAGAGGUGCAGAGGCUGGUGGCGCUGACUCAAGAUGUCUCCGCUAUCUCCAACCUCAUCAGGAAGCAUGUGACUGAGGCCCGGCUGGUGGAAGACAUUGGGCACGAGCUGACCUACGUGCUACCCUACGAAGCUGCCAAAGAGGGGGCCUUUGUGGAGCUCUUCCAUGAGAUCGAUGACAGGCUGUCGGACCUGGGCAUCUCAAGUUACGGCAUCUCAGAGACCACCCUAGAAGAAAUAUUUCUCAAAGUGGCUGAAGAAAGUGGAGUGGAUGCCGAGACCUCAGAUGGAACCUUGCCAGCAAGACGAAAUAGACGGGCCUUUGGGGACAAGCAGAGCUGUCUGCGCCCAUUCACUGAAGAUGAUGUGAUAGAUCCAAAUGAUUCCGACAUAGACCCAGAAUCCAGGGAGACAGACCUGCUCAGUGGGAUGGACGGCAAAGGCUCCUACCAGGUGAAGGGCUGGAAACUCACGCAGCAGCAGUUUGUGGCCCUGUUGUGGAAGAGGCUGCUUAUCGCCCGACGGAGCCGGAAGGGAUUCUUCGCUCAGAUUGUCCUGCCAGCUGUGUUUGUCUGCAUUGCCUUGGUAUUCAGCUUGAUCGUGCCACCCUUUGGCAAGUACCCCAGCCUGGAACUUCAGCCCUGGAUGUACAAUGAACAGUAUACAUUUUUCAGUAAUGAUGCUCCUGAAGACACCGCCACUCAGGAACUCUUGAAUGCUCUCACCAAAGAACCUGGCUUUGGGACUCGCUGUAUGGAAGGACACCCAAUCCCAGACACACCCUGCUUGGUAGGGGAGGAGGAGUGGACCACUGCCUCAGUUCCCCAGACCAUUAUGGACCUCUUCCAGAACGGGAACUGGACCAUGGACAACCCCUCCCCCGCCUGCCAGUGUAGCAAUGACAGAACCAAGAAGAUGCUGCCCGUGUGUCCUCUGGGGGCCGGGGGGCUGCCUCCUCCGCAGAGAAGACAGAACACAGCGGAUAUUCUUCAGAACCUGUCUGGGAGAAACAUUUCAGAUUAUCUGGUGAAGACUUAUGUGCAGAUCAUAGCCAAAAGCUUAAAGAACAAGUUUUGGGUGAAUGAAUUUAGGUAUGGCGGAUUUUCUCUGGGUGCCAGUAAUUCCCAGUCACUUCCUCCAAGUCAAGAAGUUAAUGAUGCCAUCAAGCAAGUGAAGAAACACUUAAAGGUGGCCAAGGACAGUUCGGCAGAUCGAUUUCUCAGCAGCUUGGGAAGGUUCAUGACAGGAUUGGACACAAAAAAUAACGUCAAGGUGUGGUUCAAUAACAAGGGCUGGCAUGCCAUCAGCUCUUUCUUGAACGUCAUCAACAAUGCAAUUCUCCGGGCCAACCUGCAGAAGGGGGAGAAGCCUGGCCAGUAUGGCAUCACUGCUUUCAACCACCCGCUGAACCUCACCAAACAGCAGCUCUCGGAAGUGGCUCUGAUGACCACAUCAGUGGAUGUCCUUGUGUCCAUCUGUGUCAUCUUUGCGAUGUCCUUUGUCCCGGCCAGCUUUGUUGUAUUCCUGAUCCAGGAGCGGGUCAGCAAAGCUAAGCACUUGCAGUUCAUCAGUGGAGUGAAGCCCGUCAUCUAUUGGCUCUCUAAUUUUGUCUGGGACAUGUGCAACUAUGUGGUCCCUGCCACGCUGGUCAUUAUCAUCUUCAUCUGCUUCCAGCAGAAGUCCUACGUCUCCUCCACUAACCUGCCUGUGUUAGCCCUUCUCCUUCUGCUGUAUGGGUGGUCGAUCACACCUCUCAUGUAUCCCGCCUCCUUCGUGUUCAAGAUCCCCAGUACAGCCUAUGUGGUCCUCACCAGUGUGAACCUCUUCAUUGGCAUCAAUGGCAGCGUGGCUACUUUUGUGUUGGAGCUCUUCACCAACAAUAAGCUGAAUAACAUCAAUGAUAUCCUGAAGUCUGUGUUCCUGAUCUUCCCACACUUUUGUUUGGGACGGGGACUCAUUGACAUGGUGAAGAACCAGGCAAUGGCUGAUGCCUUGGAAAGGUUUGGAGAGAAUCGCUUUGUCUCACCACUGUCUUGGGACUUGGUGGGUCGAAACCUUUUUGCCAUGGCUGUGGAAGGGGUGGUGUUCUUCCUCAUCACUGUUCUCAUCCAGUACAGAUUCUUCAUCAGACCCAGAUCUGUAAAUACAAAGCUUCUACCUCUGAAUGAUGAAGAUGAAGAUGUCAGGCGGGAAAGACAGAGAAUUCUCGAUGGAGGAGGACAGAAUGACAUCUUAGAAAUCAAGGAGCUGACUAAGAUAUAUAGAAGGAAGAGGAAGCCUGCUGUUGACAGAAUUUGUGUUGGCAUUCCUCCUGGAGAGUGUUUUGGGCUUCUGGGCGUGAAUGGGGCAGGUAAAUCAUCAACUUUUAAGAUGUUAACUGGAGAUACUUCUGUUACAAGAGGAGAUGCUUUCCUUAACAAAAACAGUAUCUUAUCAAACAUCCACGAAGUACAUCAGAACAUGGGUUAUUGCCCUCAAUUUGAUGCUAUCACAGAGCUGCUAACUGGGAGAGAACACGUGGAGUUCUUUGCCCUCUUGAGAGGAGUCCCGGAGAAAGAAGUUGGCAAGGUUGGUGAGUGGGCAAUUCGGAAACUGGGCCUUGUGAAAUACGGAGAAAAAUAUGCUGGUAACUACAGUGGAGGGAACAAGCGCAAGCUCUCCACAGCCAUGGCUUUGAUAGGUGGACCGCCUGUGGUGUUUCUGGAUGAACCCACUACAGGCAUGGAUCCCAAAGCUCGGCGGUUCCUGUGGAAUUGUGCCCUCAGUGUGGUCAAGGAGGGGAGAUCAGUGGUGCUUACAUCCCAUAGUAUGGAAGAAUGUGAAGCUCUUUGCACUCGGAUGGCAAUUAUGGUCAAUGGGAGGUUCAGAUGUCUUGGUAGUGUUCAACAUCUGAAAAAUAGGUUUGGAGACGGCUAUACGAUAGUUGUACGAAUAGCAGGAUCCAACCCUGAUCUGAAGCCUGUCCAGGAGUUCUUUGGACUUGCUUUUCCAGGAAGUGUCUUAAAAGAGAAGCACCGGAACAUGCUCCAAUACCAGCUUCCAUCCUCAUUAUCUUCCUUGGCAAGGAUUUUCAGCAUCCUUUCCCAGAGUAAAAAGCGACUCCACAUAGAAGAUUACUCUGUUUCUCAGACAACACUUGACCAAGUAUUUGUAAACUUUGCCAAGGACCAAAGUGAUGAUGACCACUUAAAGGACCUGUCAUUACACAAAAACCAGACAGUUGUGGAUGUUGCAGUUCUCACAUCUUUUCUACAGGAUGAGAAAGUAAAAGAAAGUUAUGUAUGAGGAAUCUCGUUCAUACAGUUGGCUGAAAGAAAGAAGGAACUCUGAGCUACCUUUGUGCCAUGUGAACUGUUCCAAAGGAAAGAGCUGGAAGUUUUUAUUACGUGUGAAGAAGUAAACUGGAAACUGUACUGAUGCUCUUCAAUGCAAUGCAAUUCAAUGCAAUGAAAACAAAAUUCCAUUACACGGGCAGUGCCUUUGUAGCCUAUGUGUGGUAUGGCUCUCGGUGAAAAAGACUUGAAUUUAGUGUAUUACCUUGUACCUAUGUGAAACUCUAGUAUGGAACAUGGCGGACCUUUGGGUUUGAAAUCAUGUUUGAUUGUUUCUGUGUUCUCACGGGGGUUGCAUCAAGUCGUGAAGGAAUCGUGGUCAGUGAUGAUCAGACUCAGAAGGUGUGUGCAGCGUCAUGUAUGACCCAUGCCAGGCCGAGAGACUUAACUUCCCUGUGAUGACAACCGUGGCUGGCAGAGAGGGCACCGCAACCACUGGUGCCAAGUUGCUCAGAAAAACCUAAGGACCCUGGUGUGUCCCGAACACUUUCAUGAAGCUGCUCUGCCCAGUUUAUCGACGUCAGCAAAUGUUAAGUGAAAAAAAAAAUGGUGCCAUGUAGGGGAAAAUCCUGCCUUCAUUCCCUCUGUGUUGAGCUGCGUUGGUGGUGGCAACGUGCAAAAUGUAGGGGGCUCUGGACAAAUGUGACUUGACAUCACAGUCUCUUUCUGGGAGCUGUGGGUCCUCAGAGUUUUCUUUCAUAUUCGUACAAAGUCACUCUUGAAAUGUACUUAGAUGCUGGGGGCGACGCAAGGAGCCAGCAGCUACCAUUGUGGGGACUUCAUGCUGCUGAGACCAGGAGGGCGGAUGAAGGAGAUUCCGUGUUCAAACCAAGGGAAGCCUGUGUCCAUUUUUCCUGUCUACUAACACGGUACACUGCAUCUCAAGAUCUUGUUUGACACAAACAUAGUAUUACUUUCUGGGUUUCCUUUUGUCGAGUUAAUCUAGAAUCUGAAAAGUUGGAGUUGGAUUUUGACAAAAAUCUUUGUGCUUUCAUCGCUAUGUGGCAUUUUAAGGUGUGUCAGUGAUUUCUGAUACCUUUGAAUGGCUUCUCUAGCAUCCGGUGGCAUGGAGGAGUCUGAGUGACCUGUCUCACUGGCUUUAUUUUCUUAUCUCCGUGUGCAUAAGGAUCAUCCAACUAGGCACUAGAAAACAAUGUGAUGGCCUAGAGAAUGACAGCAUUAUAUUUGAGUUUAAAAGAAUCUGAGAUACUCAUUUUGGUUCAUUAAGUAUUUUUGAGUGUAUGUUAUAGCUGAAUGUGUUAUGUAUGUGUGUGGAGUGGGAAUGAAGUCUCUGUAGAUUUCCUGUGCCAUGCUAUUGAGCUAACUGGUUUACAAAAACAGGUUAUUUUGUGGCUGUGGUCGUGGAAGCCCAUGGAAAGAAUGGUGGGCAGGCCACACUUUGAAAAAUAGCAACAAUGCAAACCCCAAGAGUAUUUAAUUGUCACAGCAGUAAACAAUGAAUUCUUUCACACAGCUAGCUUCAAAAUUUGUUGAACAAUAUAACUUGUAUUUAUAGCACUUAGUACCUUUAAAUAAUUGGCUUUGAAGGUCUUAGACACAUCAUCCUGACAACUUUAAAAUCUUAAUGUCUUUAAUCACUAAAGCAUUUUGGAAAAAAAGUAACAAAUGCCUCCACAUGAAAUACGUCUCUUAUUUUGGUGGUGUGUGGGUCACCACACCUGGCAGUACUGAGGGUUUUAGUCCUAGCCCUGAGCUCAGGAGUCACUCUUGGCGGGCUCAGGGGACCAUAUGGGAUGCUGGGGAUUGAACCCGCCUUAGCGGCAUGUAAGGCAAAUGCCUUACCCACUAUCUAAUCACUCUGCCCCCAACAUAUCUUUUUUUCCUAACCCAACCUUAGUUUUUUAGCCAGUAAACACUUAAAAAAAAUUAUUGUUCAUUGUCAUGUGUCUUGAAAAAUAUGAGAUCACCGCCAUUUAUGAAGUAUAAGUGAUCUUUAGGCUUUAUUUCUAAUUUCUUCUUUUUCUAAAACUUAAAUAUUAACUUAUUUUAGAUUAAUAUGUAUCUUUUCUUCUAAAAUGUAGAGAAUGUUUCAAGUAACUUAUUGCUUUGAAAAACAACAUUUAGAGAUGGAUGGAGUUACAUUUUCUGAAAUUAUAAGGGGGCAAAUUUCCAAUAAUUGUUGGCAUGAGAUAAUUAUAUUUAAUGACUUAAAAGUUAUCAAAAUAUUUGGUCUUUCUCUCUUUACUAUAUUUCAAAACCCAACCUCUCAGUUUUUGUUUCACUACAAGAAAUUCUAAUUUCCAUUACAUUAAAAAUAAAUGGCUCCCUGCUUAAAUUACUCUUUACUUCAAGGCCAUAUUUUAAAAAAACCUAAAGGCACUAUGACUUCUUUUUGGAAAAGAUACAACUUCAUAUAUAUAAAAGGGUCUCUUAUGAUGCUAGAAACAAUCUACAGUCACACAUUGACUUCAUGGUGUUACCUAUUAGAUUAUCCAAAUAAUCUUUUACAUGUCUUGUGUGAACCUAAUGACAGUAGAAGAUUUCGCCAUCUGUUUUCAGUCUAGCAAAAUUUCUGUGUAUUCCCUGUGGAAAUGCAGCUAUGUGAGUUUCAAAAUCUGUCAGUGUUGAAAGAUUUCUGCUUUUGCUUCUUUUUGGAUACCUUGGAAAACAUUAACAACUGUGAAUAUGAAAAGUAUAAAAUAAAACCACAGAAUAGUCCUCUAUACAUAAACACCCAGCACAGUUCAUUAUUAAAAAAAAAAACAAUCAAACCUCAGACUACUGUAUUUCAAUAUCUGUAGUGGAAUUGUAUGCAUUGUGACUGUUAAAUGUCGCACAUCAUUCACUGUAGAGUAAUUGUUAACUAAAGGGAUUUAUCUAUGUUUUCUUCUUAUGGUUGUACAUAUCAGGUAAAAAUUUUUCCAAAGAGCCAUGUGUUAUAUAAUGUUGAACCACUUUGAUAUGGAGAUAUUAAUUCAUAUUGUUGUAACUAUUUGCUAGUAGUAAUAUAGUACUUUAGCUCUAAUUCUUUUCAAAAUUGUUGCAUCCCUUUUUAUAGAAUGUUUAUAUUUCCACAGGGUUAAAUAUUCUAUUCUCUCUUCUUAUACCCUAGGUUGAAGCUAUGUUUUGUGCUUUUUCUUUGGCCCUUCAUUCCAAGCACUUUAUGCUGGCUGUAAUGGGAUCUAUUUUUGCACUGGAAUAUCUGAGAAUUGCAAAACUAGACAAAAGUUUCACAGUAGAUUUCUAAGUUAAAUCAUUUUCAUUAAAAAACAAAAAAAACAAGAAAAAAUUUGUAUUGUUAAUAACUUUAUAUGAAGUAUUAAAAGGCAUAUUUCUAUGUUGUAAUGAGUCACGAAAUAAAGCUGUGACAGUC